UUCUUUCCGAGCGCGAUGACCUCUGCAAGAUCGCGAUGCGCGAGGCGCCGGCUCUCGCCGGUUCAGCGACCUCCGCUCUCCUCUCCGCCACCCGCCCAGAAGCGGCCAGGGGACCCCCGGACGCGGGAUCCCGAGCUGCACCCCCACCGCCUGCCACGCUCGGAUCCUCGCCUCUCCGGGGCCUUUCGUCCCCGUGCAUUCUCAGCAAGUGCCCAGCCUGGGGGCGGAGGCGCGGCGAGGGGGAGGGGGGCCCCUGGAGGAGGCGGCCCUUACUUUGGUGUAGGCGGGCGACCCUGUGCCCAGGAAGAGGGCGUCGGGAGUGGGGCCAAGCGGAGCAGGCCUCCGGGGCCUGUCGGGUCUGGAGUACGGAACGCUGAGGGGCAGCCGGCAGCGCAGCGCGCCGGGCGAAGGGUCCCGGGCCAGCCGCCCGAGGGGCCGUGGGAGCGCGCCGAGCCGGCCACCCGAGCUUCCCGGGGCAGGGUCCGGCCGGCGCGCACGGGCGGGGCGGGGCGGGGACAGCGGGCGGCUGCGGGUGAAGCCCCCGGGCCAGCACACAAUGGGCGGGGGCGCGAGGCCAGGCGCCCCGCGGACGCGCCGCCGCACCACGUGGGCCGCAGAGCGCGCCGGGCCAGCAGCGGCCCGUCGGCCCAGGCCGGGCGCGGCGCGGCGUACGUGCGCGCGCGCGCGCGUGCGUGCGUGCGAUUUGCGAUCAGGCGGCGCGGCGGACAGCCCCGGCGGCGGGGCGGGGGGAGUUAUAUUGCGGGGUCCUUCCUCGCUCACCCUGGUUCCUCUCGGAGCGGAGACGGCAAAUGGCGGACUUCGAUACCUACGACGAUCGGGCCUACAGCAGCUUCGGCGGCGGCAGAGGGAUUCUGCUAUGUAGAAUUUGAUGAGGUGGAUUCCCUUAAGGAAGCCUUGACAUACGAUGGUGCGCUGUUGGGUGAUCGGUCACUUCGUGUGGACAUUGCAGAAGGCAGAAAACAAGAUAAAGGUGGCUUCGGAUUCAGGAAAGGAGGACCAGAUGACAGAGGCUUCAGGGAUGACUUCUUAGGAGGCAGGGGAGGGAGUCGCCCCGGUGACCGGCGAACAGGCCCCCCGAUGGGGAGUCGGUUCAGAGACGGCCCUCCCCUCCGAGGGUCCAACAUGGACUUCAGAGAACCCACAGAAGAGGAAAGAGCACAGAGGCCGCGGCUGCAGCUGAAGCCUCGCACCGUGGCAACGCCCCUCAAUCAAGUAGCCAACCCCAACUCCGCCAUCUUCGGGGGCGCCCGGCCCAGAGAGGAAGUCGUCCAGAAGGAGCAGGAAUGAGCGUGCGGCGCGGCGGGAGUGGGGCGCGGGGCUUAGCGCGAGACCACAGCCCGGCCGGCCCCGCCGGCGCCCCUGCAGCCGCCGCCCCGCGCCUGACCCCGCCCCACAGCGGAAACCGAGCUCGUGAGCGCAUGUCGGCAGUUAACAAGUGGUUUUUAGUACACCCUUGGCUUUGCUGAACCUGUCUCGUGCCUGUCUCGUGCUUGCUCUCUUUCUUUCUCCUGCCGCUCCUUGCCUCUCUCCCUUCUGUCCUCUCUCCUUGCUGCUCCUCGCUUCCUUCCUGCACAUGAGCGUCUCCCGAGCGAUGAAGGCAGCCGCCGUGGGCGUGCUGGGGAUGGAGGUGCUGCUCCGUUUUUCUCCUGUGCUUUCUCUCUUCACUUUAGACGCACUGGCCAGACCCAGUUGUUUCUUUGAGUUUUCUCGGCGCUUCUCUCCUGACCUGCAUGUUGAGUUCUGUAUUGCUGUGGCUUCUGGCGGGCGGGGGAACCAGGGAGGAAGUCACAGAUUGGAUAGCUUCUUGUUUUUAUUCCGCUGUGAUCAACAUAUGCAGAAUUUGAGGCACCUUGUUUCCAAAACAAGGAUAAAAUACCCGUUGAUCCUUGAAAAUGCCUUCCUGUCCCUAUUUAUAAGCAGCCCUGUCUCUGCUGCUCCCUCGCUGCGGAGCUGACCCGAGCAGAAGAGGCUCCUCUCAAACGUGGAGCCCGGAAGAAGGGGGUAGUGGUGUGGCGAGCCGGAGAGGACCCGCCGAGCGCACCGCUGUGUUCGCAUCCACUGGUGUGCCUUCAGCACGCUGUGCGGGCUGGUCCCCUCCUUUCCGCCGCCCAGGGUGCUCUGGGGGGACCGAAGGGCGGCGGUGGCAGAGCCACACUGGGCUGCCCUGACCGCGUGGACGUGGCUGCUCCUCUGGUCCCCGCUGUGUGUGGAGCCCGCAUCUCUCCCUUGUGUUUCUCUGUUCUUUGGUGUAGCAGCGAGCUCCUGGGCUUCCCAGCUUCCCUGGAUUUUAUAAUGAAAACGAGCCUACAGUCUGGCACUUUACUGUUUUGCUUGAUGAAUUGAGGAUUUUACUAUGCAGAGCCGACAGGGACGUCCGGGUAGCCGGCGGGUGGCGCUCAGCCACCGGGUCUCCUCUUGGGGGCAGAGCUGCUUGUCCCCACACAGUGAGUUCGGCACUUGGUGGGGGGCAGGGGGUGGCCGUGGCUUCGGAGCUGGAAAGCCUGCGUGUGAACAGCUCAGUUCUGCAGCGCCCAGUCCCGCUCCGGGCCGCGGGGAGCAGCUCGGGGCCGGCCAGCAGCUGGAGCCCGGGGAGGAGAGCCCCGCGCACGUCCCCGCCGCGUCUCUGUCCCGGGGUCUCAGCAGUUACAGAACUCUCUCUCCUGCCCUUCCUUCCCCUGCCUCCUCUGCUUCUGAAUAAGAACCAUUUGUGUGACACCAAUGCUUAACUUACGAAAGACAUGCAUUAUGUGGUUGUAGCCGGACCCGAUGCUUUAGAUGACCUGCUUACAUCUCCGUGGGGCAAAGAUUAAGAACAAAACACAUUCAUCUAAACUUCCGGGCCACCCGGUUGACUUUUAAACGUAAGAACGGAAUUCCAAACACUUCACACAUUCAGCUAUAUGACCGAAAGGAAAUCUAUGGAUAUGGUAUUUUGUGAAUGAUCUUUUAAAUAAAAGAAAACCUUACGUAAUAUUUAA